GGUUUUGGGCCUCCUCGCAUCGACAUGGCUAAGCGCACCAAGAAGGUCGGCAUUGUCGGUAAAUAUGGGACUCGCUAUGGUGCCUCCCUCCGGAAAAUGGUGAAGAAGAUUGAAAUCAGCCAGCACGCCAAGUACACCUGCUCCUUCUGUGGCAAGACCAAGAUGAAGAGGUGGGCCGUGGGGAUCUGGCACUGUGGCUCUUGCAUGAAGACCGUGGCUGGUGGCGCCUGGACCUACAAUACCACUUCGGCGGUCACAGUGAAGUCAGCCAUCAGAAGACUGAAGGAAUUGAAAGACCAGUAGAAGCUCUUACAAUUU